UCUUUUCAGGUCUCCUGGGGCAGCUGAAGAGAGCCAUCACCAUGAUCCCCACACUGCUCUUACUAGGCCUUAUGGCCCUUAUCGCUCCAACCAUGAGUAGCAGUUGCUAUGGUGAUAUAAGCACUCUUCAAGUCCCCACAAUCUCCUGUACACCUGUAAGAGCCCCAGACUGUGGAUAUACCAUAGUACGGAGAAUUGCUGAGGCAGACAUUGUGCGCCUGAGGAAAUAUGAGAUCCCAAUUAAGAGAGUAGCCAGAAGGCUGUGCUUGGACCCAGCACUCAUUGCUGGCAUCAUCUCGCAGGAGAGCCGUGCCGGCCUGCUCCUGGACAAUGGCUGGGACCAGGGACGGCACAGGUACGGCUUGAUGCAGCUCGGCGGACAGCAACAACACCUUUAUGGAUUGUGGGAUAGUGAAGAACACAUACAUCAGGGCUCUACUGUAUUGGUUCUUGCAAUUAAUGAUGUACGGGCAAGACAUCCUACCUGGACCUGGGACCGGCAGCUGAGAGGGGGAAUCUGCACCUACCGUGCACGAAUGGGCAACCUCCAGAUCUAUGAAGACGACCCAUGUGACAGAGACAACUACUAUGCUGACAGUGUGAUUAGCCGAGCCCAGUACUUCAAGAGACACGGGUUCUAG